GCUCCGCUCCCGUCCGCCCGGCCGCCGCUCCGCUCCCGUCCGCCCGGCCGCAGGUCCAGGGUCCCCGUUCUCCGACCGCGAAGAGGCCCGAGCGGCGAACUCAGUUCUGAAAUCCUGUUUCGGCUGCGAAUAUCUCUGCUCAGGCAGCACCCUCCUUCAUAUCCUUAUAGUUGCUCUCUGAAUCUUCCUCAGGCAGCCAGUCCAGGACUUAUCAGGAAACAAAACCCAAGAAAUGCCUCAUUCCACAAACAAAGAACUGAUAAUUGGCAUCAUGGUGGGAACUACUGGAAUCAGCUUGCUUCUUUUGUGGUACCACAAGGUUCGUAAAUCAAGGACAACACUGAAUUUACCUAAAUUUCUUUCUCUGGGUAAUAAGUUUGAUUCCAUGACUUUUCAAGAUGAAAUGUAUAAUGGCCAAGAAACAGCAGCAAUCUUUCAAAGAAGGCAGCUUCAGAUAUCGGAGAAGUUAAAUGAAUUACUGAUAAAUAUGGAAGAACUCAAAGAGGAAAUCAGGGUUCUUAAAGAAACCAUUCCAAAGCUGGAGGAAUAUAUACAAGGUGAACUUGGAGGGCGGAUAACUGCUCAUAAGAUAAGUCCUCAGCACAGAGCUAGAAAAAGAAGGCUUGCCACCGUUCAAAGUUCUGGAACAAGUAAUAGUUCAGAGGAAGCAGAAAGUGAAGGAGGCCGCAGCAAACAGGACCAGAACUUGCAACCGAAUUAUCCUGCAGAUCAAGUUACUUCAGACCCCCUGUGGCAUGAAGCUUCUUUAACUCAUCGAUCUCUUAAUCCUAAAAGAACUCGUCUGUCUGCAAUAUGUAAUGUCAAUUCACGUAGAGGAAGUAAAUAUUUAUCUUCUACUCACUCGUCUUUCUGUGGAAGAAGACAUUCUUUACUUGCUAAACUUCGGAAAAGCAAUAUUUUCCCCGACCAUCAACACAGUAGAGCUAAUUUUGAUUCUCAAGAAAAAAGAACCUUCUGUGAUUUAAAAUCUUCCUCAGACCAUCUUGGCCUUAGAUUCCAAAGUUUUUUCUCUGCCCCUAAACUCAGUAUAAUUUCCUGUUAUGAGAAUGCUAGUUUUUUUGAUCUUCAAUCAAGUGGUCAAAGCAUCUUUAAUACAGAUGAAAUUGAAAGAGUUUCUAAAAACUCAAGUAUUUCUGGUGCUGAAAAAUAUCUAAGCUCUUGUUCUCCCGAAUUUAACCUUACACAUUUUAUGAGUUUGGGAACAAGAGCUAAUCCUUCAGCCCAUCUACACACUGUUGGUGGAAACACUUGUCAACAUAGGACAUCAACCUUAGCUUCCCUUCCAGGUAUUAUUUCCUACACCUAUCAACAAAACGAAACUGCCACCGAUAUUGAAGAAAGAGGCCAAUCAAGGUAUAUUACAGCUAAUACUGACACAGAAGAACAGAGUUUUCCAGUCACUAAGGCAUUUAACACACACAUAGAGGAGUUAAAUUUAGAUGUCCUUCUUCAGAAGGCUGAUAAUUUACGUAUGAAUGAAUGUAGCAAGUUGGAGAGUUUCGAACUACUUUGUGAUCACAAAGAAAAGUUUAGAGAUGAAAUAGAGUUUAUAUGGCGGUUAGCUCGUGCUUAUGGAGACAUGUAUGAGCUAUCUACUAACGCAGAAGAAAAAAAACAUUAUGCUAAUAUCGGAAAGACAUUAGGGGAGAGAGCUAUCACUAGAGCACCCACGAAUGGACAUUGUCAUCUGUGGUAUGCGGUUCUGUGUGGCUAUGUAUCUGAGUUUGAGGGCUUACAAAACAAAAUCAACUAUGGACAUCGCUUCAAGGAACAUCUAGAUAAAGCAAUCCAAUUUUUACCUGAAGAACCCUUUUUGUAUUACCUCAAAGGAAGAUACUGUUAUACUGUCUCAAAACUGAGCUGGAUUGAGAAAAAGAUGGCCGCUACUCUGUUUGGAAAAAUACCAUCCUCAACUGUAGAAGAAGCUUUGCAAAAUUUCCUUAAGGUUGAAAAACUACACCCUGGUUUUUCUAAGUCCAAUUACUUGUUCUUGGCCAAGUGUUACAUCGAUCUUGAACAAACAGACAACGCUGUGAAGUUUUGUAAUUUGGCAGUGUUGCUUCCUUGUGUUACCCAAGAGGAAGGUAAUCUCAGGUCCUGAGAAACAUUCCGUUUUUAAAAUAAAAGGGAUUCCUGUGUCUGAGGCAAUGUGACAAUGCUUGAUGAAUGAAGUCAUGACCGCACCAGCAGCCUGGGAGUUCUCUGCCUGGAAGAAGGGUCAAGUUACCGACCUGGGCUGUGCUGUGAGCACUCAGGGCACGAAGCAGGAUGUGGUGUUGUGUGUCACGACGAGGGAAGCGCUGAUCUGGGAAAGAAACAGAAUGUUCUUAAAUGGCUGUGCUAUUUUGAAGUGAAAUUAAUUGCUCUUCUAAGACAAACGCUUAAAGGACAGUAAAUAAAAUAUACGAGGAACAACUCCAGGAAGAAGAGGACGCUGGGAGUGCUCCAAGUAAACACUAGUGUGUCCCAGCUACCAAGUUCUUGGAAGUUACCUGUUGUUUAAAAUCCUGGGCUGUAUCUCCAUACUGUUACACAGAUUAAGAAUCAUCUCUCUUACUAGUCACCACUCUUAGCAAUAAAAUCCUAAUCCUGCUUUAAUUUUCUGUCUUAAUUAAGACCUCAUGUUUGAUUUUUUAAUUAUUAUUAUUUGUUAUCAUGUUAGUCACCAGACAGUACAUCAUUAGUUUUUGAUGCAGGGUUCCGAGAGUCAUUAUUUACGUAUAACACCCAGUGCUCCAUGCAACCCGUGCCCUCCUUAAUACCCAUCACUGGGCCAAUUUUAAUUAGGAGAUUGGUUUCUUAGAUAAGUUUAUAAAAUCGAAUCAGUCUACAGAUGUUCACCCUGCCUUCCUGUUCAGGGAACAAGACAGCUCCAAGGAAGGAGGGGGUCACUUACUGAAACCCUGCAUUGCUGUCCAGGGUCUCAUUUGUUAGAAAUUCUGAUUUGCCCUAUUUCUUUCUGGUUUGGACUUAUUUCUUAUAGAUUAACUCAUCUGUGCCAUCCAGGCCUAGAGAAUUGAUUCUUCCUGGUUCAUUUUAAAAGAACUUAAUAAGGCCACUAGCGGAUGGACAGACUGUUCCAAUUCUCUAAACAGACAUUUUCAUGAGCUGCAGAUGGGAGGGUGCUACCCUGUUUACACCCCCCAUUUCUACACUCUCAGCUCUUGUAUUGAUCGGCAUUCUGAAAUACUGUAUUCAUUAAGUCUUCUUGAUAUAUAAUGGCGUUGGUUGCCUUUUUAAAGUUGAUCUUAAAAACACCUUCAAGAAGUUUCUUAAACCUCCCUUUAAUAAUUUUCUUAAAAUAACUGAUGACAGAACAUCGGUUUGGAAUCAGUCAUUCUUAAACUGUGCCCAGUCUAGUCAAGUUGAUGUUUGAUGAUCAUUGCCAAAUGACAGGAGCAUAACAAUAUAAGUAUAAGUAUAAGUAUAAGAAUAAGAAUAAGAAUAAGUAAGAGAGAGACUUCCUUGUCCAAAGUUUUUGGUAGAGAGUAUUGAUAUAUUUUCCCAUAAGUGCUUCUUCUUGUGGCACUUGUAAUCUCUUCCUGGUGUGUGAGUUAUUAGUGACAUGUCUUCUGUCCCUUUCAGAGAGCUCUGAGCUUAUCACACUGCACUUGACAUUGGCAAUGUCAGCCCUUGGGCUCUAGGGCCCAGACUCUUGCAUGUCAACAACUUUAUUUGCCCGGAAUUUAAAACUACAGUGUUUUGUGGAGAGGAAGUGUGCUGUCUCAGCAGAAAGGUCUCAUAGUUUGAAUCUGGGGAGGCAAAGAAUAACCUGAACUCAAAACCAUAACCCGAGUCCUCAGAAGAUGCCAUGUGCACAGACAUGGCCCAUAUAUAUCGAGUGCCUGAAACGUAAUGAAGACCUCAGAAUUCAUCAGAUCGCUGUGCAGUUGACCUGCUACGGAGGGAAGAACUUCAAUACGGGAGAGUAUCACACCCUGUGAGUGUAGCCAGCGCAGCGAAGACUUUAACUGGAGGUUAUCACUGAAGGAUCAGCACAGAAUCCACAUGUGGACAGAUGAACUGAAGAGCGGAUGUAGGCAGACUGUUAGCAGCCUCUCCUCUCCCCCUUAGGAGCAGGGAUUUCACACUGGAGCAGAGCUCUUUGAAUAUAAUGCGAAUGGGGAAAUAGCCACAGCUCCACUGACGGGUCUGUGGUGCUGGAGAGAAUCCCUACCAAUGUAACGAAUGUGGCAAACUCUGCAGCCGCAGAGCUAACUUUUGUUUCUGUGAGAGAAUUCACACCAGAGAACCCUUUGUAAUCGGUGUGGAAAUGCCGCCAGUAACAACUUAUCCUUCAAACAGCGUGAGUGAGUUUGCACCACAGAGAAACUCUAUGAAUGUCAUCUUCGUGGUAAAGUCCUUAGCCCAUGCUCUGACCUCAGCCAUCAUGAGAACACACGCUGGAGAGAAACCCCCAUACAUGUAACAGAUGUAGAAGCUUCAGCCUCAGCAUUAACCUUUCCACAAGAGUCCCCACGGGGGAGACACCCUAUAGCCUUCAGCCAGAGCUCAAGCCUUGGAAGACACAGAACACUGAAGACACAGAACACAGAAAACAAGAAGGAAAACAGCAAGUCUUUACCAGAAGGAGGAAGCCAUUUGAGAAAUACCAGAUAAUUCAUGUUCGAGAAGCAUUUCAGUGAAAUAAACAGGAGAAACCCCUUCCUCACAGAGUAACAUUCCAGGACACGUGAGGAUUCUCACUGUAUUAAACACCCUCAGUAUCACAAAUGAAGGGAAAUCUUCAGCGAUCACUCGUACCUUAGUCAGCCUUCAAAUUCUUACACUGGGGAGUCCCUCAGGCUUCAAGUCCAAGUAGAAAUGCCUUUAUCUGCAGCUUCUAUAAGAAAACUCAGACUGGAGAACAAACCUAUCAAGAACGCUUUAGAACACAAUUCAACAUAUAAUUUAGACUUUCGGCAAAUGUUAUGGCACUGAAAAUAAUGCAGUGUAAAAAUGUAGAACCUGAAACGCGUUCUUGGACAUGUAGAAGGCAGAAUCCGGUAACAUGCAAUAGGCUAUAAGAUAAUCCCUCCUCAGCAGAUUAAUAAAAGUUGAUGAUAAAAAAUCUGAUACAUUGGUAUUUGUCUAAAAAAAUCAUGAAACGUGCUGAGUAAUCAGGCCAUUUUCCCUUUGUUACCUCACUGUGGAAAGCUGACCAGUUUCUAUUCUUUAUGCAGCUCUAAACAUAUUUACAAAGACGUUUGUUCAAUCAGAAAACAACUUUUAAUGUAACUGAAAAAUGGGGAACACAAAAUAAUGUGUUCUAAGGAUUAUAUUAGUGUCGAAAUAUGUAUGUACAUGACAAAGGUGAAUGGAAACAUGGACCAUAAACACACACGAUGUGGUUCACAUGUCUUGGUUGGUACUGAUGUGGGUGGCCCUACUUGAUAAGACACUAAAAACAAAUGGUUGGAAUUGAGAAAUAUGCCGAAAAGCAUUGAAUCAAAUGUACAAUGUGGCUAAAAUGUUGAGUACUAGAGGGAGGAAAGAGAUGAGAACCCUGUGUACUUUUUUCUUAAAGGAGGGGGCACCCAUUACAGGGUCUUAAGCAACAAAUAACACAGUGAGAUCCCGGGGAGGCCACAGCAGCUGCCAUGUGGAGACUGACUUGGCUCAAAGGGGAGCAGAACUGGAAGAAGGGGUACCAUUUAGGGAAUUCCUACAAUAAAGCAGGCAUGAGCCAGUGACCUGGACUAAGGCAAUGGCAGUGAGGAGUGAGAAGAGAGCACAGAUUUAACGGAUUUGUGGGUGGCAGUCUCUAUAAGACUCAGACUCUGAAUUUCCAGGAGAUAAAGGACUCAAGAAUGAGAUCUCAGUUUCUGCCUUUAGAAACUGACCAGCAUAGAUGGAUGUACCUUUAAGGAUCUAGGGAACGUUGGAGAACCAGAUUUGGUAGAGAAGGUGAGUUCGGUUAUGGACCUUUUGAGUUUGUUUCUGUGAAGUUCUCCAAUCCAUAAGGUGAUUGAUAUUUGUCAUAUAACGGAUCUUUGAAGCCCCAGGAUGGCAGAGAUCACCCAGUUAGGUGAGAGUGAAAGCCAACGGGUCAAGGACCAACUCUGAGAAACACCAACAUAAGAGAUGGGGAGGAGGAAAAGGAAGCUGCAAGUGAGAUGCAAAGAAGUGGCCACAGGGGCCUCAGAAACCAAAGGAUGGUGGUAGUGGUCAGCUCUGUCAGACACUCUGGAGAAGUCACGACUGGAAUGAGCUGAAUUUAAUGAUGUCUGUUACUGGCGAUCUUCACCCAGAUUGUUUCCGUGGAACAAUAGGAGCAGAGACAGUGCCGAGCGCCAGAGGUGAGGAAAUGCAGUCAGUACAUGUAGGCGCUCUUCCAAUAAUGUGAUGGGGAAGAGAGGGGGAUGGUCAUGUGGCAGAUAAGGUAGUGCUGGAGUUGAGAAAUCAUGUUUUUUUAGAUGGGAACUAGGGGAGCAUAUUUAAAUGAUGAGAAAAGGGCCAGCGAAGAAGGCAGGGUUCGAGAAAGACUGGGGAGAGAGGAGAUAAUUGAUGGAAUAAGGUCCUGAGGAAGUCAGAGGGAGCACAUCACGGUCCUCUUUUUUUUUUUUUUUUUUUUUGGUCAUGGGCUCAGUAGAAAACUCGAUGGGUUUGUAGACUUGUCGGUUGGUGGAGAGCCAGGGCAGGCACCACAGAGGGAGAACGGGUUUUGCUCUCUCGCUCAGAAAGUAGCUGGACGUAGAACCUAAUGUGGGUAGAAAAUAAGUCAAAGCACCAGGAAGCUGACAGAGAACAAUAAGGAAAUAAUAAACUUGUAGCAGUUGAAAAAUUGGUGUUAUUGAGAAUAAUCGGAUAAAUGGCCCAGUAAGAUAGGCAGUUGUGUUCAGAGAGCAGGCUGCGUGUGUCCGGGGUAGAGCAGUUCUAGGUCAUGACGCAGCCGAGGGUAUGCUCACAGGGGUGGUGCGUGAGGACAUCAGAGAUGAGGGGACCAGCUCCUGGGGCGCUGGGAUCCACGGGCCAUGGGGACAAGGAUGUCUCCAACAGUGGUGGCAGACAGUGUGGAGAGUGACCCAGAUCCCGAAGUCAUAUAAAAAUAAAUGUAAAGGGAGAGUGACCAGGAAUUUAACAACUAUAAGAGAUGGUAGAGGGGAAUCCUCUUCCCCCAUUGGCUCCCACCCCUCCGCCAGUAAUACCCCUCACCCUCUCCCCUUCCCCCCAGAAUAUAUUCUCUCAGCAAAUGCAUUACGGGUGAUGCAAAAGUGACUUCAAAACAAGUCCGCUAACAGGAGUGCUAGGGAGCUCUGUAGAAGCAUCCGAGAAAAGGGGGGAAAGUGAGAGGUUGAGUCAAGGAGGAGAAUUCACAGGAGAGCGGCAUUAGGGGAGCACCAAUGAGGAUUGAGGGUGUAAAGGGCCUAUAUUUUGGAUGAUAACAGAGGAAAGCAUGAUUGGAGGUGGUGGUUUUAGCUGGCUUUUUGGGCCAAAAAGCCCUACCAGUGUCCUCUGUACAUAAAAACAUAAAUAAAUAGAAUAUUUGAAUGGAAGCCCUGGGCAAGAGUGAAACGGGAGGGGUGUUGUGUGUGUAUGAGCGUGUUAACCAACUGAGCCACCCAGGCGCCCCUAUAAAUGCUUGUUAAAUGCAAAAAUGUAGAGGAGUACCCUGCCAUCUGAAUUUAUCACCUCUCUUUCUAACCUCCACACCCGUUUUGAAGAAAUAACAACACAUGUGCAGUACUAGAAAACAUAUUACAUGGUUUUUCAUCUUACAUAUAAACUACUUGUUAAAGUCAAUAAUGAGAGGUGUAUUUGCUAGCCUGGAUCUUGCAGUGGAACCUCAGAUUUCUUCAAAUCCUACUGCUAGGGCUGGGACUUCUUCCACAUGGUACAGCUGAAAAAGAAAACAGUGUUAACCAUUACCAUGCUAGUGAGAUCAAGUGUGUCCGCUUACACAGAAGGCUCUCUUUUCCCUGCAUUCCCACCACUCCAGACCUCGUGGUGGGAAUCCUGGAACUAGCUCUCCACAUGACACAUCUUCUCAGAGAUCUGAAUAGUGCCUGGAUCUAAGACAUCUGUAAUUUCCUUAUAAUGGUCCUUCAGAAAGUACCGCCUCACUCCACCAAAGUUUGCUUUGAAACACCAGGGUAGCAGCAUCACUGUGUGAAAUUUCAUUGUGUACUUGUAUUUUCUUUAUAGGAUACAGAUGCACAGAGAGAAG